CACCACAAAUAAAAUAAGUCCUAACCAUAUCAAAUCAUGAGAGACUGUUCCUAUGUUCUGCAGCAAUCCAUGGCUUCACUUCUAUCAGCCCUUCUUUUCCCAUCUUCUUCUUCUUCUUCCUCCCUUCUCCAACACAUUCCCAGAACCACUUCCAAGCUCCAAAUCGUUUCCAGCCAUGGCAGCAAUGUCGAGCUAAUUGCAGAUCCAGCCGCUCCUUCUGCUCAAAGGGUAAGUUUCGGCUUCCGAAAUGUGGCCGAUACUUUUUGGGUGAAUGUGCAGAGGGCUGAGGGGAGGCCAUUGAGUAUUGGGCUUAAUUCGCCCUUGCAUUUUGGCAACUCCAAGCUCGAAACUGUGGAGAAUGUUGCGAUCAGAGUUGAGCUGAGUAAUGGGUGUGUUGGUUGGGGGGAAGUUCAGGUGCUUCCUUUUGUUACUGAUGUUAGUCUUGAAAUGGCUCUUGCGAAGGCUGAGGAGGUUUGCAACUACCUCCGCCUGACUCCUCCGGCGACUCUGACUUCGGUGUUCGAUGAUAUUACUGGGAUUCUUUCGCCUCGGGAGUUUGCUCCGAUCAGGGCUGGGGUAGAGAUGGCAUUGAUUGAUGCAGUUGCAAAUAGCAUCAAUGUUCCACUCUGGAGAUUAUUUGGUGGUGUGACAAGUACAUUAACGACUGCAAUAACAGUCCCAAUUAUUUCCCCGGAGGAGGCCUCAAUCUUGGCUUCAAAGUAUUACAAUCAAGGAUUUAAGACUCUUAAGCUUGUUGUUGGGAAAAACUUUGCUGCAGAAAUUGCAGCUAUCGAGGCCAUUCAUGCAGCACAACCCUGCUGCUCAUUCAUGUUUGAUGCAAAUGAAGGAUACACAACCGACGAAGCAAUUAAAUUUCUUGAGAAAUUGAAGGAUAUGGGGGUAGUGCCUCUUGUUUUUGAGCAACCUGUAGACCGAGAUGACUGGAAAGGUCUUCAUGAAGUCAGUAAUGUGGCUAGAAUGUAUGGGAUACCUGUUGCAGUGGAUGAAAGCUGUCGGAGCUUGACCGAUGUUCAGAAGAUAAUCGAUGAAAAUCUUGUGGAUGCUAUAAACAUUAAGUUGCCCAAGUUUGGAGUCCUUGGAGUUCUAGAAAUAAUAAAACUGGCAAGAAAAUCAGGCUUGAUUCUUAUGGUUGACAGCAUGGCCGAGACGAGACUCGCAACCGGCUUUGCAGGGCAUUUGGCUGCUGGAGUUGGUUGCUUCAAGUACAUUGUUCUUGAUACACCAUUUUUAUUAGCAGAAGAUCAUGUUGUUGGAGGCUAUGAAGCUUCUGGUGCUGUUUACAAGUUUAAUAAUGCUAGAGGCCAAGGAGGCUUCUUGAAUUGGAAUCUUCUUCCUGAUGCUGGUGGGUUACCUUGAAAUGUGCAAUUUUGGCAACCCUUGUGGUUUUCUGUAGAAAAUAAAUACUCCAAUUCUCCAAACAAUUGAUGAUGCAAUGCCACUCACCAAAUUGCUAAGCCUUGAAGGAGUAGAGGACAAACUCUGUUGGAACUAUGAACAAAACAUUUUUAAGCCAUCAAUUCCAAGGCCAUGGAAAUUGGAGAAAAUAUUAGAAACUUUGUGAUGUACAUUAAAAUGUUAGAUAUGAAUCAAAUAAUUCCUUCAUUUACUUGGAAAAUUCAAUUGUUAUAUUUUAAAUUAAUUUAGCUACGGUUGGUUAAGAAAUCA